AUUUUUAUUCAGUUGCGAUUUAACAUUCGAUUUGAUAAAACGUGCUUGUUGUUGUAACGCGAAUAUUUUUGCUUUUGGAUAUUUUUCAAAUAAUAUAAAAAAAAAUACAAAUAAAAUUUAUUGUUUCAAAACAAAACGCACCCGGUGUGUAAGUCUGUUUAAAAUAUAAAAUCUAUUUUGGAAAUUGACCAAUUUUUCGGCAGUGUUUUUAUAAAAAAUAAAACAAUAGUUUAUCUUUUUUCCAAAUUUAAAAAAGAAUUAUUAAACAUAUGAAAUUGCUAACGCAUUGAAAUAAUCAAAAGAAAUUUCAAGUGAGUUGUGUUAAACAAAAAUAUCUGAAAUUUAAACUAAAAAAAGUUUUAAAUUGUUAAAAAAUCAACAUACUGAAAUUGUGUUUUAAAUUAAAAGAAACAUCAAUACUACGAGUACAUUUCCAAAUAGAGAAGAGGAGGUUCACGUUUUUCAUUAUCAUUAACAGCAUUUACGUUAACGUUUCUGUUUUUUUUGCUUCAUCUUCGUUUUUAUCGUAUUGUCGCUGGUUGGAAUAUCAGCAGAAGCUAUUAAAAGAUAAAGAGCUGUAAAAUACGCCACUACCAACCAACAACGCAUUUAUAAUUAGAAUUUAACAAGCUGAACGGAAUACAAGAACAACAUCCUUCUGCCAAUAUUCAUAAGUACGUUCGUUCGUUUCUCAGUCGUCAGUCAUUCGUUUAAGGACAUUAGAAGAAGGGUUACAGUACUCCAGCCACUAACCUUUACCUACAUAUCUACCAGCCAAGCAUUUCUGUAAAGGAGAAAAACUGAACACUGAAAUUUAUUUUCAAAUACACUCUAGAAAACAAAAACAAAAGAAUAUAUUUGCAUAAUUGAAGCUUAAGAGUGUGAAGAGUGUGUGUUUUUGAGAAAUAGAUGAAGUAGAGAGGAAAAAGCUAAAUUUGGAAAUAUUUUGCCCAAGAAAGUCGACUAAAUAUAAUCUCCGAAAUAAUAGAUAUUCAUAUGCACAGAUAUUGGAAUCAAUAUUAAAACAAAAAGAAAAGUUGUUUCCAAGGAACAUUAAUUUCUUUGCGGUGGUCUUUUCAAAGUGAUCAUGCAACAAAUAUUCAAUUUAGACAGCACACAUCAAUCAAAUUUAUAUUAUUGUUAAAUUGAAACAACAAACCCAACAAGGAAUCACAAGAAAACUGAAUAAACUAUUUCUAAGGAAAAAAAAAUAGUAAUCAGCAGAACCCACAACAAAAAAUAUUAUAUAAUUAAACAAAAAAAAAAGAACAAAUAAAACAAAAGCAAUAUGAAGUUCUUAAUAUUUCUAUUCUUAGCUUUAGUUCUUCACUUAGCAUGCGGUCAAUAUCAUUCUUCCAGCGCCUCUGCAGGCGUUAAUUUCGAAAAUUUAUCACCCUCACAUGCAGCGGGCGGUGCCAUGGCCCAAUCUCAAAGCGAUAACAGACCACGUCAACGCCGCAUGUAUGCCAUGUGUCCGCCCAAUUUCCAACGCAUUGGCCAAGAAUGUUUUACGUAUCCUCAGCAGCACAGCAGCUGGCUGGAGGCUCACUUCUUUUGCAAAGACAAAAAUGCCCGUCUAGCGGAACCGGAAAAGUAUUCAGAUCGAAAGUUAAGGGAAUUUUUACUAAAAUAUGAUGCGGAAUCGGGAGAUAAAGAUCCCAUUUGGAUUGGUGCCACCUACGAUUAUAUGAACAAUAUUUGGCAGUGGAGUAUCAGUGGACGCAAUUUGACUUAUAAUGCUUUUAGUAAAAAAUAUUACGAAAAAAAUACAAAUAUGGAUAAUCAAUGUGCCGUAUAUGAUCCUCAACUAAAAUACAGAUGGUCGUCACGUACUUGCGUGGAUAAACAUCGUUUUAUAUGCCAACACAAAAUGCCUAAGGUUAGUGAAAAUAAUCGUCAUAAGGUCUAUCAUCGUUGGAAUGCCACCUAUCCCAAUCAAUACGCUAAUGAAGUGAUUUUGGAAGUCAUCGAUCACAGAGGAAAAGGAAGAUACAACCGUCGUGUCAUAGCCGAAGGCAGUAAUGAAGAAAUGGUAGUGCCCACAAGACCAAGAAACCGUCAAAAUGGACGUCGUCGUCCCCGUCCCACAUCGGCCAGUCUACCACAUGAAAACGAUGUCAACUAUCAACCCCAACCCAGCGCCCAUCCCAACGACAUUCAACAACAGUACAAUCCUACAGCACAUCCUCGAUUCCGUGCCUCCACUUUUGUGCCCGCCUCAUCGACCAACAACAAUGAUAAUGAAAUAGCAGCACCUAGGGAUGUCAUCACUCCUGUGCCAGAUAAUGGCGAAAGAAAGUCCCAUAAACGCACCAUGCAAGAUCGUAAAUUGCAAAGACAAAGAGAGAAGGAACUAAAACGUUUACAACGCAAAAAGGAAAGGCAAGAGAAGAUGCGACGUGAAAAAGAUGAACGUAAUGCGAAACUGCGUUUAGAAAGAGAACAGCAGAGACGCAAAAUUAAGGAAGAGAAGCUAAGAAAACGCGCCCAAGAAAAGGAAUUGGAAGAAUUGCGCCUAAAAGAAAGUGAUCAAGCAAUAGAGAGACGACGUCAGCAGGAGAGACAGGACAUACAUAGACAAGAAAUCGAGAAUUUACGUCGCCAGAAAGAAACCGAGGAAAGAAAACAUCUGGAAGACCAAGAAGAAGAGCGCAGAAGACAGGCCUACUUGCAAAAUCUUAAAGAAAAGGAAGAACAGGAAAGAGCCAGAAAGGAGGAAAUACAAAGGCUUGAUAGAGAACGACAACACGAAGAAGAACAACGAUUAAAAGAGGAACGUAAAGUACUAGAGGAAAGAAAACGCAAAGAAUACGAAGAGAAAUUAAAGCAGGCCGAAAACGAAAGAGCUAGACAAUUGGCCGAGGAGCAGGAACGUAAACGUUUACAAGAUGAAGAAAAUCGCAGGCGUUUAGAGGAAGAGGAAAAACAAAGACAAGCCGAUCUCAAGAAACAAUUGGACGAGGAAGAAGAACGUUUGAGAUUGAAACGUUUGGAAGAGGAAAGAAUAGCCGAGGAAAAAGAAUUAACACGUCUAAGAGAAGAGCAAAGAAAACGAGCCGAAAUACAACGUAAACGCGAAGAAGAAAUAGCUCGCCUGGAAGCCGAACAAAAACGUAUCGAAGAGGAAGAGGCACACAUUAAGGAAGAAUUGGAAGAAUCCGAACGCCAGGCUAAAUUGCAGCACGAGGCUGAAAUCAGAAAAGCCGAGGAAGAAGCACGUGCCAAAGAGGAUGAACGAAAACGUGCCGAAGAACAAGAAGAACGCGAGCGACAGGAUAAAUUGAGACAAGCUAAACUGAUUGAAGAAUCCAGAAAGCUCCAAAACAAAGAAAAUUUAUCAACGAAUCUUAAAAACAGAUUGGCCUCCCUACCACCAGAGUUGCGUUUAGAAUUUUUGGAAAAACGCAAACAAAGGAAAAGGGAAAAAUUGUUAAGACAACAACAAGCUGAAAGUACGAAUAACGAAGCCUAACUUAAUAAAGAACUUACUAAUCCUUCCGUUCAUACUAUCUCUCUCUAAUUUUAAACUCUCUCGCUUACACCAAAAGCAGCAGCAGCUGAACCAGCUGCCACCACAGCAGUAAAGAAGAGCAAUUUUAAAAGCAAAUUUAUACAUUUGUUUACUCUCUUGAUUAAGCCACAUUUAAGAGAGCUUUAAAAACAAAUAAUUUAUUAAUUUAUAAAGAAAAAUUAAAAACACAAA